CUCCAUACAAUUAUAUAUCGAUGUGAUAAAUUUGAGUUAUAAUUACUUUGAAGGACCAUUACCUCUCAUUUCCUCAAAGUGUUCGGAACUUAAUCUAUCUCAUAAUAACUUUUCAGGAAACUAGUAUUAUCUGCUUCUGAAAUUAUGGGUUUGAGGUUUCUUGACCUUUCUCAUAACUUAUUGUUUGGUGAGCUUCCUUAUAGUUGGAAAUAUUUUGAGAAUCUCGUGUUUCUUAAUCUUGGAAAUAAUUAUUUUUGGGGUAGAAUUCCUAUGUCUAUAGGUAUCUACAUUCUCUCAUUUUAUCUCUCGCAUCUUCAUUUUCUAGACCUGUCCAUGAAAAGACUAUCAGGAAAUGUUCCUCAAUGCUUCAGUAGUCUUAUUGCUAUGAUUAAUGGAACUAAAACAACAGAUCAUCACAACAAUAGUGCGUCUCCUUAUAGAAGGGAAUGUUCUGUUAAAAGCCAUUGCAGGUUUAGCGAGAGCAUUGUAAUAUAUGAUUAUCUGGAUGAUGCAUUGGCGGGUUGGAAAGGAAAGGAACGAGAAUAUAGAGGAAAUUUCGCUUAUCUUAACAUGAUAGAUCUUUCCAGCAAUAAAUUUACUGGAGAAUUUCCUGCUGGAAUAACAAGGCUUCUGGAUAUGAAAGGAUUGAACCUCUCGAGGAAUCAGUUUGAUGGAAAAGUUCCAGAACAAAUUGGUAGACUAGUUCAGUUGGAAGUUCUUGAUCUGUCCAGUAACAAUUUUUCAGGUAAAAUCCCUCGAAGUAUGUCUGGUUUAACCUUUCUUGAUUAUUUAGAUCUUUCGACCAAUAACUUGUCUGGAAGAAUCCCAUUAGGAAGUCAACUCCAGACAUUCAACUCUUCCCUGUAUGAGGGGAAUCCUGGACUCUGUGGCUUGCCACUCACAAAAGGAUGUCUGGGAGAUGAAACAAGUGUCGAAUUUCAACCAUCUUUUGAAGGAAAUGAAGUUGACGAAGAUGAGAUUGUAUAUAGGAGAUGGUUAUAUAUAAGUGCAGCCUUUGGUUUCAGUAUUAGCUUUUGGGGAAUCUGUGUAACUCUACUUGUUAACAGGCGCUGGAGACAUGCAUAUUUCAUGUUCUUAACGAACUUAAAGGAUCAGCUUUAUGUGUUCAUAGUAGUGCACAUUGCUAAAUUGAAGGUAAGGCUUCAAGGUUGAGUUCAAGCAUUUCACUAAAGAUCGUCAACUUCUGCAAUGCCUUGAGAACAGAGUGUUGCCUGCCAGAUAAUCUGAAAUGUAGCUGCUCGAAGCGAAACAUGGAUCGAAGAUGGUUCUAUUUUAUUGAAGUCAUUCGAUUAAACUGGUUCUCUGCGUAUAAUUAAGUUUACAUUCUGCUGUAUUCGAUAUGUUGUUCUUAUCAAAUCAUGUUAUUGGAAUUAAUAGGAUAAAGUUCAGCUGA